AAUGUUUCCACCACGUCGACAUAAAUCAACACAAAAUAAACACCAAAAAUAUUUAUUUCCGCCAAAUGAAAAGAAAAGAGCAAAAUCUGAGGUCUUUAUUACCGCAAAUAAUAGCCUUCAUGCUGACGGUUGCGAACAGCAGAAAAAAUAUUCUAAGAGACGGAAGAGGCAACAAAUUAAAAAUGAGUAAG